UGUCUAAGUUUUAAUUCUCUUCAUCAUUUCAGGUCAGAAAGUGAGUGGAGUUUAUCAUGAAAGAAAAGUGAAGCAAUAGUGUGCAUAAGGUUUUUUUAUGAAACAUUCAAUUUAAUGAUUAUUCAAUACACAAAUACAAUCAGUGGAAAUAAUUUACAUCUUAAUGACAGUCAAACACACGGCGGCGGUGUGCGAGAUGUGCAGGUGCUCAGUAGGGGCGUGAGAUCUGAGCUCGAGGAAACGCACUGUGAUAUUCAGGAGCACCGUAGGACGGAGCAGGGGGCGGAGCCAUCCUCUGAAACAUGAGCAUUUACACACACAAACAUUAAUAAUGUAAUGGUUUGAUUUCACACUCACUGAUGCUGUAGUGUGUGUGUGCGAGAGAGAGAGACCUGCUCCUCAUAAGAUGAAGCUGCUCGGUUGUACGGUUCCGUGGACACGUUGAUGUCCUCAUACGGGUUCCUCGCUCUAGCAUUCGGGUUACUGAGCACAUGAGCCCCUGUGGCGCUACAACACACACACAGAGAGAGAGAGAGAGCGUACGGCGAGUUAUAGAUCAGUGUCUCCCUGCUAAAGUAAUUACACAGUGAUGUCACACAAUCUUAGUCAUAAAAUAAAAAGUGAUGAUUGUGUGUUUAUCACCUGUAGGGGGGCUGCUCAGGCCUGCUCAGUGUUGGUGAUAAGGGGGGCAGACUGUCUCACACACACACACACACAUUAAUACACUCCUGUACUGCCAAACUAAGUGUGUGCACACUGCCUCAAACACAGAUAACAUCCUGGAUCUCAGAAAUAUAAGAGAACGUGUGUGUGUGUGUGUGUGUGUCUGUGUCUCUGUAUGGUGCCCCCAGGGGUGUUUUGUCAAAAGCAGGGUGUGUAUCAUCAGGUGCGUCCACCACACCAUCCCAACUUUUUCUGUUUUGGGGACACACCCUUUUCACAGAAAUUAGUCACACACACCCCUUCACUAUGGCCACACCCACUUCAUUUAGGACACACUGACCCUUCACUUAAGACACACACACCUUACUGUAACACCACUGAUACAGAAACGUGUGUGUAAGAGAGAGACAGAUGUGUGUUGGACCUGUACUGUGGACGAGGAGCUCCCAUCGGCAGACGAGGAGCUCCCAUCGGCGGACGAGGAGCUCCCAUCGGCGGACGAGGAGCUCCCAUCGGCGGACGAGGAGCUCCCAUCGGCGGUCCGCCAGCUGUAAAAACACGCACACAGCUCACCUGUACAGCUGAGACGAUGCCAUGGGAAUCCCCAUCUGCGCUGGCGUGGAGCCUGGAGGAGGCGGAGCCUUCACAAACAGAAUAAAGAAAUGAUCGUGUUUUAAAUGAGCUGUGUUUGAGAUCCUGGACAGAGGAUGUCCAGAGGAUGAUCUUUUCCAAGACCUGGCUGGACAGCUCCAUCCCAGAUGCGGCUAUCGAGCUAGCAGGCCGCACCGCCUACCGAGCCGACAGGACCGCGGACUCUGGUAAGAAGACCGGCGGGGGACUGUGCAUUUAUAUCAACAACUCCUGGUGCACAAACGUCACUGUGGUGGAUAAGCUGUGUCGUCCAGAGGCAGAACUGUUGCUGUUAAAGUGCCGUCCAUUCUAUCUCCCGCGGGAAUUCACUGUUGUUUACAUCUGUGCUGUUUACAUUCCACUGGACGCUAAUGCUAAGCUAGCGUUAGCACAAGUGAGUGGCAGCAUUAACAACAGCCUAGUAGCACAUCCGGACAGUGUUUUUAUUGCAGCUGAGGACUUUAAAUCACGCGGAUUUAAAAUCAGUGCUUCACAAGUUCCACCGAUAUGUGAAGUGUGCUACUAGAGGAGAUAGAACUUUGGACCAGGUGUAUACUAAUGUAGCAGACGCAUACAAGGCCCAGGCCUACCCCCACCUGGGUCUGUCAGACCACCUCUCUCUUCUGCUACACCCACGGCAUACACCUAAGAUCAAGAGCGCUGGGAUCACAACCAAAACUGUGAGAACAUGGCCGGUGGAUGCAGUUCCUAUGCUCCAGGAUUGUUUCCACCACACAGAUUGGGAUGUAUUCAAAGGACAGGACACUGACAAUCGUGUUUCCCUGGACAAUUACACCUCCACUGUUUUAGAUUACAUCUACUUCUGUGUGGACAAUGUCACCUGCUGGAGGCAAUUCCGUGUGUUCCCUAAUACACCACCAUGGAUGACACAUGGAGUACAACAGCUUAUCCGAGCUAGAGAUUCUGCGUUUCACUCUGGGGACCAGGAGGCGUACAGUGCUGCCAGGGCCAACCUGAAGAGAGGCAUCAAUACUGCCAAACACCAUCACAGGAGGCGUAUUGAGGCCAGGUUUGACACCACCACAAACCCAAGGCAGGUCUGGGAGGGCAUCAGGGCCAUCACGGACUAUAAGAGGAAAACACCACCACCCUCAGCUGACAGUCCCACCUUGGCUGAGGAUUUAAACCUCUUUUAUGCCCGUUUUGACAGGGACAACACCGAUCCUGUCCUGCCCCCCCUCCCCUCGACCGACCCUGCUCCAGUCCUGAGCACGCAUGAGGUGAGAUGUGUGUUCCGCAGCAUUAACACCAGGAAGGCGGCCGGGCCAGAUGGAGUGCUGGGCCGGGUGCUUAAAGACUGUGCGGCGGAGCUGGCGGACGUCUUCACCUCCAUCUUCAACACCUCGCUGUCCUGUUCUCUGGUUCCAGUCUGUUUCAAAGCAGCCAUCAUUGUCCCCAUCCCAAAACAAUCCAAUGUCUUAACGACUACAGACCUGUGGCACUCACCUCCAUUCCCGCCAAAUGCCUGGAGAGACUGGUCAUUAAACACAUCAAAGCCGCCUUACCACCAAUACUGGAUCCACACCAAUUUGCCUACAGAGAGAACCGGUCAACUGAGGAUGCCAUUGCCACGGUGCUGCACACACUGCUGGAGCACCUGGAGCAUAAGAACACCUAUGCACGGCUCCUCUUUGUGUACUAUAGUUCGGCUUUUAAUACCAUCCGGCCGUUCAAACUCCGGUCCAAACUCCACCAGCUGGGACUCAACACCACCCUGUGCAAUUGGAUUGUGGACUUUCUAAUAAAUCGCACACAGAGUGUCAGAGUGGGCAAGAACACCUCCUCCACUCUUGUCAUUAACACCGGGGCCCCUCAAGGGUGUGUGCUGAGCCCCUUGCUCUACACUGUGUUUACACAUGACUGCUCUGCCUCCUCCUCGUCCAAUCUCAUUGUCAAGUUUGCUGACGACAUCAUGGUUCUCGGACUUAUUACAAACGACGAUGAGACAAACUACAGGAGAGAGGUACAACACCUGGAGUCGUGGUGCUACAACAAUAACUUGGCCUUAAACACCAAGAAGACCAAGGAGAUAGUCGUGGACUUUCGCAGGAAAGGACACAUUGACCACCUACCUCUCUCCAUAGGCAACGAUGUGGUAGAGAGGGUGAGGAGUUUCAAGUUCCUGGGGGUAACAGUGACUGAGGACCUGUCCUGGGGCACUCACAUUUCCACAGCCAUGGGAAAAGCACAACAGCGGCUCUAUUACCUGAGGAAGCUGAGGAGCACUAAUAUCCCCAGACCUCUGAUGGUGAACUUUUAUAACUGUGCCAUCAGUAGUGUGCUGACACAUGGACUUCUAGUGUGGUUCUCCAGCUGCACUGAGGCCGACCAGCAGGCACUUCAGCGGGUGGCGAAAGCUGCCGGGAGAAUCAUUGGAACGGCUCUCCCAGAGAUCAGCACCAUCUACUCCACUCGCUGUCUGAGAAGAGUGCGCAACAUCCUGCGGGAUCAGCACCACCCUGCUCAUCACCUCUUCCACCUGCUGCCCUCAGGGAGAAGAUACAGGUCCAUACAGGCCAGAACAUCCAGACUGGCCAAUAGCCUGUAUCCACAAGCUGUGAGGCUACUGAACUCUGCCACAUCCACAACCACUAAUUAAUAUCAUUAAACUAGUUUGCAUUGUUGCAGUUGUCACUACUGUCUCUCCCCUGACCCCCCGACAAUAACGUUAUAACAUUAUAAUGGCACUGAUCUGGUUUUUGCACUGUUUAUACAAUGUCAUAAUACUUAGGUAUCUGUCUGAAUGUCCCUGCUCUGCACUUUAUAAGUUUAAGAACUUAUGCUGCUAUUUGCUAUGCUGUUUUUUGUUGUACUGAGGUAAUUCUGGGUCAAAUGUUUACACUGGGUUACUUAGAGGGGUAUGUAUUUACGUAUUUAUGGGUUUUGCACUUUAUCAACUCUGCUGUAUGGAUGCUCCAACGAAAUUUCGUUGUUUGUUUUUGUGACAAUGACAAUAAAUAUUCUGAAUCUGAUGAAAA